CGUUCUUUUUAUCGUUUGAUUUGCAAUUUUGGAGUAUGCCCAUUUAAUAUUUUUCGCAAAGUAUUUCUGGGUUUUCAUUGUUAGUUUGUUCUCUUCCUGUUCUCUGUGUAAAGUUUUAAUCUUUGUGAAGAAUUGAUAUAAUUUCUUGAUAUUGAAUUCCUCUUAUUAUGGUUGAAGUUAUAGAUUCUGCUUGCAGGUAUGACCACCAUGUUAAGGAAUACAAGCUUCUUGGAGAUAGUGUAAUGGAGCGAGUUCCUUCUCCUAGAGCACUAGACAAAUUUGGGCUUAUAAAGCAGGAUGCUAGUAAUUCUCCAGAAGGUUUAUUGAAGAGUAGGUUGAAUAUUGAAUACGAGAGGGAGACAAGAAGAGUUAGAAAAUGGAGGAAGAUGAUUGGGGUUGGAGGGAGUGAUUGGAAGCAUUAUGUUAGGAGGAAACCUCAUGUGGUCAAGAGGCGUAUACGGAAAGGAAUUCCUGAUUGUUUAAGGGGCCUUGUUUGGCAACUGAUCUCUGGAAGUCGAGACCUUUUGCUUAUGAACCCAGGGGUAUAUGAGCAACUUGUUAUAUAUGAGACAUCUGCUUCAGAAUUAGAUAUAAUUCGGGAUAUAUCUCGCACCUUCCCUUCACAUGUUUUCUUCCAGCAGAGACAUGGGCCUGGGCAAAGGUCCCUCUACAAUGUUUUGAAGGCAUAUUCUGUCUUUGACCGUGAAGUUGGUUAUGUUCAGGGAAUGGGUUUUUUAGCAGGUUUUUUGCUUCUUUAUAUGAGCGAAGAGGAUGCAUUUUGGUUAUUAGUUGCAUUACUCAAAGGUGCUGUCCAUGCCCCUAUGGAAGGAUUAUAUCAGGCUGGUUUGCCUCUUGUACAACAAUACCUAUUUCAGUUUGACCACUUGGUGAGGGAGCAUUUGCCAAAGCUGGGGGAGCAUUUCAGCCAAGAAAUGAUAAAUCCUAGCAUGUAUGCUAGCCAGUGGUUUAUUACUGUAUUCUCAUACUCAUUUCCCUUCCAUUUGGCUCUACGAAUUUGGGAUGUUUUUCUCUAUGAGGGUGUCAAAAUUGUCUUCAAAGUUGGCUUGGCCCUAUUAAAGUACUGCCAUGAUGACUUGAUAAAAUUACCUUUUGAGAAACUCAUUCAUUCUCUGCGUAACUUCCCUGAGGAUGCAAUGGAUCCAGAUACAUUACUUCCAAUGGCUUACUCAAUAAAGGUUCUCUCUCUCUUUCUCUCUAUACUUUCUCUAUGCUAUUCUUUCUAAGAUCUCCAUUGCAUUUUAUCUGCAUGUUAUGAACUUUAAUGUGGAGUAAUAGUUUUCAAGAUUUAACUUUUGACCAACCACCGUUGUCCUUUGAGAAGAGUGGUGACACCUAGAAGUCCAAGGUUCAAGCCUUGGCAAUCCCAUUUCCAAUCCCCCAAUUGUACAAGUUCAAAAAAAAAAAAAGGAAGAUUAAACUCCUGUACUUCCAGAGAUUUUGUUACUUACCACUAUAAUUAAGAAAUGCCAAUAAUCUCCAUGUGUCCAAUAAAACCCUAUCACAAAUGAAAAACCAGACAGAAAGAUCUCCACUUAAGGAACUAGAAUGGAUACCCAUUUUAGUUAUGCCAUUGCCCAAGAAUGAGCACUGUGGUGUAGGUACUGAGCCGCACCUUAUAUUUCCCAUGCAUGUUUCCGGGCAGUACUUAAGGUUACAGAUGGAUCUUAAUUAAUCAUUUCCAUGUUUAUGCAUGUUUGCAUGAUUAUUAGGUAUCCAGGAGCUUGGAAGGUUCCAAAGAUGAGUACGAGAAGAAAGAUGGAAAGCAUAUUCAAUCUGCUGAAAUACUUGAGAAGCAGAAAGAACUUCAAUAGAGUUUCACUGAGAAGGAGCCAAACCGGCACCUAAACACGUACAAUGUUCCCUUCUUUUUUUGUUUUUUUGGUUGCAAUUUCAUCAUAUGAAGAAAAAUUUGCAAGCCAUUGUAAUUGUGUCAAUAGAGGGACUGCUGUUAUGGUAUCUCUCAUGUUUGGACAAGAUGAACCCCGCUCUGUAAAUUUUUCUUUUUGGCCCAACAGCUCUGUAAAUUAAUAUUAGAAAUUGAGAAAAAAAAUGAUUAUGAAUUAAAUUUUAAGAGAUUUG